CAAGUCGACAACUAAAUGCCAUUGCAUCAGCUGAGCACCAGCCAUCCUUGAUAAGGGUAUAGGCGCAAAUUCACAAUACCUGCUGGUGCCGCGGCUUCUCCUUCCUUCUCUUCCAAGUCUUUCCCCUGCAGCUGCGAUCCAUGAUGAAUCAAUAACCACCCACCAUGGACAUCAUACAGCGUACCGCCUUCCCGUUAUCUGUCUGUGUCUUGAACUAGUUAGACGGCUCAACAAUUCCCAUCUAAGUCGCGCCAGUCGGGAAUUCCUCGCGCUGCGGGCGCAAUAAUAACCCUACCCUACCUAGAUCCCUAGAGAAAGUUUUCCACUCCCUUUCUUACAAAAGGACAAAUCCAACACACUACAAUGACCCGCACUGUCAGGCAGCUGCGCAAAGCUGCGCGAAUCAUUCUGAUAGGCGCACCUGGGGUGGGAAAAGGGACACAAACAGAGCGGCUGCUCACCAGAUUCCCCGACCUAGCCUCCAUAAGCUCCGGCGACCUUCUCCGGGAAAAUGUGCGAAGGAAAACACCAUUGGGUCUCAAAGCCGAGGCCGCAAUGCAAUCCGGCAACCUUGUGCCGGACUCGAUGAUCCUCGAGCUUAUAUCGUCGGAGCUCAAGUCCAAAGGCUGGCUACAGCCGUCCACAGCAGCAACAACGAGAACAACAACCACCCGAAAUCCUUCGCUGUCGGUCUCUUCAAACGCCUCCUUUAUCCUCGACGGGUUUCCUCGUACCGCGAAGCAGGCCUCUAGCUUGGACGACCUCGUGCCGGUGAACUUCGUCGUCCACCUGGUGACACCUCCCUCUGUCAUACUCUCUCGCAUAGCGUCGCGAUGGGUCCACGAACCAUCUGGCAGAGUCUACAACACAGAUUUCAACGCGCCUAAGGUUUCUGGCAAGGAUGAUAUCACCGGCGAGCCUUUGACUCAAAGGCAGGAUGACUCGCUUGAUACGUGGACGCAGCGAUUGCAUAAGUUCGAGGAGACGAGCAAGGCCCUGCUAGACCACUAUCAGCGCAAGGGCUGUCUGUGGCGCGUUGAGGGCGACUCGAGCGACGAGAUUAGCCCCAAGCUCUUUGCAGAGAUUGAGCGACACUUCUGCUAGACAGGGUGCUCUCCUCGGAUGUCGAUGUGGGACACCUUUUUGUGUCAUACAUAUAUUUUCUUUCUCCUUGUUGUUCGGGGGGGUUUUUUUUUCGGCUUUGCAUUCACUGCGGUCCUUGAUGGAUUACAGGCAUGAGCAGGCCUUUCUGUUUUAUCUUCUAUCCUCUGCGGUUAUGUAAUGUCUUAUAGAAGACAAUUGGCAUUUCUUGUGUGGCCUAGAUGACUUAUGUUUCAGGUCUUACGAAGAUUAUGAAGUGCCGCCAGUAUCAGGAUAACUUGGAAGGUCCGCCUAUUCUUCUUGAAUGAACACGAGGUUCAUAGAUGAAACUCAAUUGUGCGAAGCCGAGAUAAUCACCGGGAUAUCUUAGAGAGCUAGCCGUAUCGUCAUGAGCGUUUAGACAGUAUAUCUGCAUCCGAAAAAAUAAAAAG